AUGAAAAUGCAGUGGCAAAGGACAACUUCAGGGGAGGCACCAAAGGUGAUAGUAAAAGCCCCACAAGUUCUUCAGACUGGAAGUAUCGGAGAAUUCCUUCGAAGGAGACCAGGAGAUUUGAUGCAUCAGCAAGCAGGGGAGGUUUCCCUUUCCCUCGCACAGUGGGAAGCCCAGUGGCAGGAGUUCCUCAGGACAGUGGAAAACCCUAAAACUGGGUGGGGAAUCACACAUUUGGCAGAGAAUCCUUCCCCCUGGGAGGAUGCCAAGGCCUUUCUGGCCUCCUUUGAGCGAGUAGCCGAAGCCUGUCAGUGGCCCCAGGAAGAGUGGGCGACCCGACUCCUGCCAGCUCUCAGUGGAGAAGCUGAGCAGGCCUUUAACGAUCUGGAUGUCAGAGACAGAGAGGAUUAUAGGAAGGUGAAGGCAGCCAUCUUCCAAGGGGAUGCCCUAAGCCGAGAGAAGCAGCGUGAAGAGUUCAGGCGUUUCUGCUACCAGGAGGCCGAGGGGCCAAGAGGGGCUUACAGCCGACUGCGGAAAAUGUGCCUUGGAUGGCUGAGAGUGGAAAAUCACAGCAAGGAGCAGAUCCUGGAGCUCUUGAUCCUGGAGCAGCUGCUGAGCAUCUUGCCCCCAGAGAUCCAGAGCUGGGUGAGGGAGAGAGGCCCCGAGACCUGCUCCCAGGCAGUGGCCCUGGCUGAGGACUUCCUCUCAAGGCAGGAGCAACAGGUGCCCUUGGAGGAGGCAGCUGGGAGUGGCUCUGAGGCAGGCCAGGCUCCAUCUGAGAGUGAGCAGAGGCAUCCCUUAAUGGCUGUCAAGGAAGAGGAGGAUGGAGAGCCCAGCCUGGUUGGUGAGGAAGGUGGCAGCUAA